AUGCCUUCACAUUCACCGCCACCGUCACCUUCACCUUCUCCCGCAUCUCCACAGCCGGAAGGUGAAAAUGGUAUUACUUUUCCACCACUAUAUUCAACAGCCACUCCUAAACCGCCGCCAGCAGUCGUGAACUUUUCACUUUCACAACCAGCGCCAUCGCCGGCUCCACUAUCCACGGACGUGGCAUCGAAGCCAAUAUUUGAGCCUAUUGAUUACAAAGUAGCUUUACAACCACCACCGCCGGCAAUAUUUACUCCUCCGUUACCUACGCCUAUUCCGGUACUUUCAACACCGCCGCCUCCAGUAACGGCGUUUUCGUUUCCUGCAAAUGAUUCGUCAACACCAGUUUCUGAUGAAACCUCGCCGCCGCCGCCGCCGCCGCCGCCGCCGCUUAAAGUUCACUCGUCGUCAAGUACAUCAGUCGGAGGAGUAAUUGGAAUUUCUGUAGGCAUCACCGGAGCUUUCUUCAUUGUUGCUGUAGUAAUACUUUUCGUUUGUUACAGGAAUAAGAUUAAAAAUGGAAAAUUACACGAUCAUGAAUCUCCACGGCAAAAAGAUGACUUGUACCAUGAUCUGCGUCAAAGUUUUAAACAGCAUAAUGCAGCAAAUGGUUCUCCUGUUUCCCCCAAGCAAGUGAUACCCUUCCGCCCACUUCACUGCUUUGACAACAAUGCUCAUUCCAAUUCCAAUAAUUUAGAUGUUGAAACUCGUUUUUCACCAAAAGACCACAUAGCUGUUUUGGGUGGCAAUUUCACAUAUGAAGAGCUGUGGUCAGCAACUAGUGGAUUCUCUACGUCCAACCUUCUAGGUGAGGGUGGAUUUGGGUAUGUGCACAAAGGAGUCCUUCCUACAGGAAGAGAGAUAGCAGUUAAACAGUUGAAGAUUGGUAGCCAUCAAGGGGAGCGUGAAUUUCAAGCAGAAGUAGAGACUAUUAGCCGAGUGCACCAUAAACAUCUUGUCUCUUUGGUUGGAUACUGCAUGACAGGAGUAAAGAGGUUGCUUUUUUAUGAAUUUGUUCCCAACAGGACCUUAGAAUAUCAUUUACAUGGGGCAGCACAGUCCUUUAUGGAAUGGGCAUCUAGAAUAAAAAUUGCUAUAGGAUCAGCCAAAGGAUUGGCAUAUCUGCAUGAAGACUGUAACCCCACUAUCAUUCAUCUUGAUAUCAAAGCAGCUAAUAUUCUUCUUGAUUCUAACUUUGAAGCUAAGGUUGCUGACUUUGGACUUGCCAAGUUCUUAUCUGAUUCAAACCACCAUAUUAGUCAUGUCUCCACUAGAGUGGUGGGAACUUUCGGGUAUCUGGCCCCAGAGUAUGCACAGAGUGGAAAGGCCUCAGAUAAGUCGGACAUCUUCUCCUUUGGGGUUAUGCUUCUGGAGUUAAUUACAGGGCGUCCGCCUAUAAUCUCAACUGAAUCCUCAGCAUGCAGCAGUUUGGUCAUCUGGGCAAGGCCUUUGCUUAGAAGAACAUUGGAAGAUGGAAACUUUGACUCUUUAGUGGAUCCAUGUCUAGGACAAAAUUACAAUGGUGAAGAGAUGGCUAACAUGGUUGCUUGUGCUGCUGCUUGUGUACGCCAUUCAUCAUGGAAAAGACCACGGAUGAGUCAGGUAGUUCGUGCUUUAGAAGGUGAAGCUUCUCUCCUGGACCUUGAUGAGGAAAAUAGACCAGGACAGAGUACAGUUUUUGACUAUGAUUCUGAUGGAAGAUUUUUUUUUAAGAAUUUAAGCAAAUCCAGCACAGCAUUGGGAAGUCAAAAGAAAUGGUAAUACGAGUACAUAUGGUUGUAACCACACAAUGGGGCUCUCAUGGCAGUAAACC